CAGCUGCGAAUUGAUCUCGUCCAUCAAUUUCGUUCCUCUCCAAUUUCAAUUUCAAUUUCAAAUUUCUAUCCCUCUCACAUCAUCACACGACGAGUACACCGCUCACCAUCCGUCGCCACGACUCGAUCCGUAGACGACUAGGCUUUUUAGAUCUCAUAAGGGCGUGACGGUCUAAAUAACAGCCAUCAUGUCUUACGGUCAAUAUCAAAAUGACCCGUACCAGCAAGGUCCGCCGGCCGAGCAAGGUUACGGUUAUGACCAAGACCAUGAAUUACAAAACUAUCCUCAACAACAACCAGCAUCAGAUGUGCUCUCGCAGCAGGACUUCCUCGGCCGAAUUCAAUUCCUCCGCAACGAAAUUGGUACUCUCACAAACAAUGUCAGCUCGAUCGCAUCCCUGCACCAACGCGCUCUAGCCGAAUCCGACGGUGGUGCAGCCUCUCAGCAACUCGAACGCAUUAUCGCCGACACGCGAACUCUUAACUUAGGUAUUCGGGAUCAACUCAAGUUUCUAGCAAACGACGCCAACAAGACGACCGACGCUGGUCGCAGCGUGAAGCAGAGACAGGUCAAGGCAAUUAGAAACGAAUUUGACAGAGAGCUACGCAACUACAAUGCUGAAGAGACUUCCUACAAAGAACGGUAUCGCGACCAAAUUGCGCGCCAAUUCCGAAUUGUCAACCCCGACGCGACCGAGGAUGAGGUUCAACAGGCCACUCAAGCUGAUUGGGGCAACGAGGGUGUUUUCCAGACCGCUCUCCGAGCCAACCGUACCGGCCAAGCAUCUUCGGUUCUCGGCGCCGUACGCGCUCGCCACAACGAGUUGCAACGCAUCGAACAGACCUUAACGGAGCUCGCAGGCAUGUUCCAAGAUCUCGCUAUAUUGGUCGAGCAACAGGAUACCUACGUCCAGUCGGCCGAACAGAAUGCUACGAAGACGGCCGAGCAAAUCGACGUAGGAAACCAACACGUUAAGAAAGGCAUCGUCCACGCACGCAACCGCCGAAAGUGGAAGUGGUGGUGUCUAGUCAUCUGCAUUAUUAUCAUCGCUCUCGCCGUCGGUUUGGGUGUCGGUCUUGCGGCUCAGGGCGGAGCAUUUAAUAAAUCCUCCUAAAUCGAGGGAGCUUAAAUGCUUAGAAAUAUGAAUGGACUGAAACGCGUCUACUUUUCCCUUCGAACGGGGAGGUAAAUGCUCGCGACAAGAGUCAUCCAGGGCAUGCGGGUGAUGGAUCUUACGAAAAAAGUUAUAUUAAUUACUGACCUUUCCGUCUGAUAUCUAGGAGGCGGCGGACACCCUUCCGGCCUCCAGUCAGUUCAAGGGGAGGUGUGGAAAUCCUUAAUGCAUUGUUUCUCAUGUACGCAUAGUUUUUCUCGUGCGCAUUCUUCGCCGC